AUGCAAGAGCCAGUCCGACUGUCCUACACGUCAGUACCGAGCUAUUUGAUUGCCGUUAUUGACUCUGGACUGACCUUGCUGUUGUUAUGCCUGCUGCUGUUGCUGCUAUGCCGCUACCGUCGCCCGUUCGCGCACAGGAUCCACUCGUGCUCGGGCUACACCUCGACGUUCCAGCCUCACCACAUCCUGACAGACAACCCAUCCGAUCAGUCCUCACGCUGGACUGCACUCAACACCAAGCAGCCGACUGCAGCCUCGGCCGCCGCGUCGUCCCCGGCGUCGUCAUCAUCGGCGUCGAACAACUCGUUGAGCGCCACAAACCCCCACGCGGACGACCGGACCAACACGAAUGGAGGCGCAGCAGCAGCGGGGGCGCGACCAUCCACAUCAGGAUUGAAAAGAUCCCGGGAUAUUCAAUACAUUACGUUGGAGCUCGAACAACCAGCGAUCGUCACCGCGAUCGGCUUUGGCAAGUACCACAAGUACGAACGACCUCUGAGCUCGAAUUUCUCCUUCAGCAAGCAACGUUGACAUCUUCUCUCCUUUCAAUCUGGCUCGCAGGGUUCAUCCGUGCAACUUGCACGAGUUCAGUGUCUACGGUGGCAUGUCGCCUGACCUGUCGUGCAUGGAACCGCUGCUCCACGCCGGGCUCAAGAACGACUUUCAGCCUGAGCAGUUCAAGCUGCCGACCGAUGCCGCUGCACCUCCUGGCAAACCAUCAGCAGUGAGUCUACUCAUGAUUCCAUUGUGAACUCUUGCUGAAGGGAUAUGCUGGCGAAUUCUUCACUCGCCGUCACUCGCCGUCACCCGCCCUCGGCAGGUUCUUCCUUCCAAAUUCAUUCGAAUUGAUGCGCUCACGCCCCACACGCAAAAUUACAACGGUCAGUCUUGGAGGACUGGAGCAGACUCGAACGAUUCUCCACUGACAUAGUGUAAUGUCCCCUUCACCAGUCUCAAUCUGGCAUGUCUGGUUGAUGGGUCUCACGAACGACAUCGACGCGGCACUCGUGGCUUACGACACCGUAAGAAUCUUCCCUCGGUCGUGCGUCGCCCAAAAGCCCGGAUCUGACCGUAUCGCCCCCUGCCCACAGUAUCGAUCAGCUACGACGACCCACCUCGUCCUCUCACACCUUCGAAGAUCCGCACUCCUCCCGACAUUCCAAUCGCUGCUCGACUCGAUCCCUCCGUCCGUGGCCUCAUCGUUCGAACACCCACUUCUCUCGCAGUUGCACGACACCAUCGUCGUACGAGGCGACUUUGUCGGAGCGGAGCGAUUGCUCGAAGAAGCGAAAACACAGAACCUGUUCCGAGAAUGGACGCCGGGUGGUGGCAAAGGGGUCAGUGUCGUCCGGUGGGACAGACUGAACGACGUCCAGUACUCGAACCUACCCCCUCAACCGAGAGCUCGAGCGGGUCAUCAGAUGGUCAGAAUCGGAAGAAAGUUGUUGCUGUUUGGUGGUUUCGAUGGGAAAGAAGAUCUCGCAGAUCUAUGGACGGCGGACUUACCUUCACCAGGGGAGGACAUGCCGAUACUCUCAUGGAGGUUGAUCGAUCCGGGGAAAGAGGAAGAGAAGCCGGAUGGGGGUUCGUCUACUGAUCGACGACUAUGGCCACGCAAGAGGAGUUGUCAUCAGAUGGCAGUUGACGAACGAGAGGGAUGGGUUUACAUGCUCGGAUCACGCGUGACGAGGGAAGAUGAAGAAGCGUUCGCGGAGAGAAAGGCACAACAGGCGGGUGGGAACGGCGAGAACGGUGAUGCGAUGGAGGUCGAACAUCAUGGAGAGGGAAAUGGUUUUAGCUCAUGGGAUGGGAAGAGCGUUUACGCGAGUGAUUUCUGGAGGUACAAGUUCGUUGGGACGGAUAAGGGCAAGUGGGAGUUGAUCAGUGAGGAUACUGCGACGCAAGGGGGACCCAAGCUUCUGUGGGUGGACUCCGGUUGUAGGUCGAAAAAAUUCCGAACCAAGACUGAUGGUUACCGGGCCUUCGCUCCCACAGCUUCGACCACCAGAUGUUCCUCCACUCGGACUCGCAGAGACUUUUCGUGUUUGGUGGAAGAAUCCAACCUCCUGACGACGAGGAUGCGCUCGAGGAUCGCUACAGCGGAUUGUACUGCUUCGAUAUCGUGGAAAACAAGUGGUCACAUCUUUUGUAAGCUCAAACAACAUCCGUCGCCUCCGACUGGGAAGUACACUGACGACCGAUCGUUUCCGCAGUGGCGAUCCGACAUCGAACGACACUUUCCGUGCCGAGCGUCUACUGGGCCGGAUCGGGCAUUCCAUGUUCUUUGAUGCGCACUCGCACACCCUCUACAUCCUCGGUGGUCAACGAGGCGACGCCUACCUCGCCGACUUAUGGGCAAUCAAGUUCGUGGCCCCCAAUGCGGCCGACCUCGACCUUGACGAACCGGCCAGUGGUGCGAGUGAUGAUUCCUCCUUCUGGCGAGCCGGAGCCGUCAUCGCAGGCGUCUCGACCGCAACACCCGUCACGACGAUCGGCAACCCCACACUCUCUACUCGAUCACCUACGAUCCUCCAAGUCAUGCAAAAGAACGACGACGUUUCCCUCCCUUCACCUCUUGACGGUUCCGUCGGUCCUUCACCUUCCUUCACGCACCGCACAACGAUCGACCCUAGCACUCGAGAAUGGACGACGAUGACAGGUCUCGUCAAGCAUCAUCACGCCAGGAAAGAAGCACCUUCGAAUGAGGUGUGGACCUAUUCGACGACGAAUGGUCCAUCUAAGUGGGAUAAACUUGAGCAGAGGGGGGAAACGCCACCACCGAGGUUCGCGGCUAGUGUUGUUUACGACCCGUUGAGGAAGGAGCAUUAUUUGUUUGGUGGGAAUCCUUUCAAGGGAACCGAAGAGAGGUUGGGCGAUUUGUGGAGAGGAAGGGUCUUUCAGUGAGUACUUUCUUCAGAGGUCCAUUGACUCUCCGAUGGUGAAGCUAAUGCGCCGCUUGACUUAUCAGUCCCUGUCCGGACGAAGCGCUCCGCAUGGCUCGCUUCCUCGUCCGCAAACAACGGUCAGUCACCCUGCCACUGAUUUCGCACGAACCAGUGCUGACGAAAACGCUCUCUUCGCUUCCCCAGUUUCACCGAGAUGUGUCAAACCCGCCCCACGCUCAUCGCCCUACAAUAUCUGCAAGACUCGAUCUGCCAAGUCGUCGACCACACCGACGAAGACGAAGCUUCCGCCUUCCGUGCCUGCAUGAUCGCCGUCCUUUCCGCGCCUCCUCGCAACAACUGCGAAGUCGAUAUGAACGUCGAGAACGACCCAAGCGCUGCUUCUCCAACGACGUCGACGACGAAUUCGGUCGAUGAGAAUCAUGCCGUGCUUGGGGGGGAGUUGUAUACGAAGAGGCAUGAGUUGUUUGAGAAGUUGUUGGGCUUCGUGCCGGCGAGUGAGGCGCAACCCAAGGAGGACUUGAAGGAUGUGGCGACGCAGAUGAAGAGGGACAGAAUGUGA